UUGCCUUGAACUUUUGUAGCUGGUCACAUUCAUUUUGAAGAUUGCACAUUUCUGUAGAGCGCGAUUUAAGCGCAGUUUAAGUACAAGUUAAUUGCGCAUAACAUUGAUCGCUAUGCGACCCGUUGACAACCUUAACAAUCUCUCCCAAGAGUCCUGUGGAUCAGCACUUGAGUCAACCACAGAGAAUAAUUCGGAGAGCAGCGAUUCGGAUAUGGAGUUGCUGGGUAUAACAGAUGGCGAUCAAAAACGCAUUAUCCAGGGUCUUAAAAGAACUAUUAAGCGGAAUCAGACAAAAAUCAACGAUCUUGCUGCCAAGCUGACAAUAGCUGACAAUAAUCUGGCCACUGAAAAGGAAAAGACAAAGGAUAAAGAGGAUGUAAUUAAAUCAUUGAAGUUAUCAAUCGAUCUAAUUAAAGAUAACACUGCUCAAAGCCUAAAAAUAACGAACUGCGAUCAGCAUAAAACUAAAAUUGACGAAUUGAUUGCUGAUAUUGAGAUAUUAGAAUGUAAACUUAAGAGUAGAAACGAAAAAAUCUCUGAAUUGGAGGAUAAAUCGGAGGAAAACGAAAUCAAUCUUAAACAGAAGGAUGAGCAGAUCGCUAACCUAGAAUCCCAAAUAAAGGUGUCUUUGGAUAUAACUCAGAAAUAUGAAAACGAUCUGAAGGAUAAAGAUGAGCAGAUCGCCAAGCUGGAGUCCCAAACUAAAGCGGAUGCAGCCAAGAUAAAGAACCUAGAAAACAACCUAUCUAGGUAUACUUUACAAAUUCACUCCAGUGAUGAUAACAGUAACUCUCGAGUCUACCUUAACUGCACUAAAAUGCCUUUAAUUCAAUUUGUAAAGCUUCCUAAUGGCUCUAGAUUUGCGGCAGUUUUUGAGGAUCUCCCAAAAGCCGGUCCUGGUUGGAUGCUCAUACAGCGUCGAAUCAAUGGAAGUGUCACACUUUUCGGAGGUUCGGGUUCAGAUUAUAAUGAAGGCUUUGGUGACCUAAGUAGAGAAUUCUGGCUAGGCUCUAAAAAAUUGAAUGAGCUGACUACAAACCAAAGAUAUGAAUUAUAUAUUGAACUCGUUGAUUUUGAUAAUGCGACGGCUUAUGCUCGAUAUGAUCACUUUGUGGUUGGCAGCCACGCAGAAGACUACACAUUAACGAGUCUUGGUCAAUACUCUGGAAAUGCUGGCGAUUGCUUGAGGCGUGGUGUAAGUUGCAAAUUUUUAUGGCAACGGCAAGAACAUAAUGGAUAUACGAGACAAUGUAAUUCUCAAAGUAUAAACGAACGUGUUGGAUGGUGGAAUAAUACUGAUUGCAAUUUGAAUGGAAAAUACUACAAUUGUAAAACCAUAUUGGAGUCUGCUGAUGGCAUUUGGUGGGGCUCGUGGAAUAUGAACCAACGAAAUUCUCUCAAAUCGUGUAAAAUGCUUAUAAGGCCAAAACCGUAGAUCUGAUAAUAACAUUUCCAUACGCAUUUAUUCAAAUUCUAUGAAAUCUAGAAAGUAAGAAUCAAUAUCACAUGAAGAAUUUAAUUUUUAUUUUGUAUUUUUCUCGAUUCCUUAAACUCACUAAUUACCAAGAAGAAAUAUCACAUGAAAUAUGAAAUUUUUCUUUGUUAUUAUGUAUUUUUCCGAUUUCCUAAAAUCAUUAAUAAAUACGUGAAAAACAGCUAA